AUGGCCACGCAGAUGGAGGAAGAAGGAACGGCCAACACAUCGACCUCAGAGCCUCCUCCGCUACCUUAUUCGCUGCGCACCCGAAAAAAAUCCAUUGCGAUUUUCUGGACAUUGUUCAUUCUCGAUGCGGCGGCUCAACCUAUAGCCUUGUACUGGGGGCUCUGGUUUGGCACCAACCUCUCCCAUAACAUCGUGUUUAGCAUUGUCACUGCGUCGUUGGGAGGUAUUUCGGUAUUCGAGUACUUCUACCGACUAUACAAUCUCUUCCGGAAAGACUCCCGAGCCCGACCACUGAAUGCAAGGAAAUCAUGGCUGGAUUUCUUUCACAUCAAUUUCACCAUCGUCUGGUUAAUUCUGGCAGUGGAACUGAUAGUCGGAACGGUGGUUGAAGAGCCGUACGUGCGACUCGUGGCUAUGGUACUGCCCACUGUAAUGUUCUACUUCGGCGGUGUUUACUUGGCCUUGGAUAUGCUCCGAAUAUGCGGUUUCAAAGCUCCUUUCCGAAUAUCCUCGACGCCAAAGGGCUCCGUGAUGCCUACCGCCUUGUAUGUCCUCAUUGAAGAUGUUGUCGCUGUCGACGGAGGCGGUGGUCAGAUCUAUCGCUAUGCGCUUCGGAUUCGUUAUCUGUCGAGUCCUUACUUUCGACGGAUGCUCUUUCAAAUGAAUUGCUUCUGGGCUGGGGGGUCUAUUAUUUUUGCUGCCGCUAUUACUGCAAUAAUCUUCACCACGUCUCAGCCAGUUGCGUUUACCUUGGGGUGGUCAUUACCCUUCGUAUGGGCCGGCAUUUGGACACUAAUCACGAUUCCCUGGGUCCAGAGCGACCUCCGUCGCGAAAAGCAGGCUUGGCAGGAGAACCGUGGGCAAGGAGGCAUACCAUAUACAGAUGACAUCAGUGCACCCAGCGAUCAAACCCGACUUGAGACACUACCCCAAUACUUGCCGUGGGUUCGAGAAAAGGCAUCAGCACCGCCAACGCCGUGCGAUGGCCAGUCGAAUCUGUAA